AUGGUAAAAUCCUAUCUUAGAUACGAACCAUAUAAAACUUUUGGUAUAAUAGCAAGCUCUUUAUCUAAUUCAGUACUUUCUAAAGAUGGUAAACUCGCCAUUACACCUGCUCUUGAGGAUGUCGUCAUAUGGGAUAUAAAAAAGGAUGGAUCAAUUCGUUUAUGGAAUAUUGAGAAAUCAUCAACAUCAAAUAUAUUUAAUGGUCAUCGUGGAGCAAUUACAGCUUUAACUUUUGAUCAGUCAGGCACAAGAUUAGCAUCAGGUUCAAAAGAUACAGAUUUAAUUGUAUGGGAUGUUGUUGGUGAGAUAGGACUUUAUAGAAUGCGUGGACACAAAGAUCAAAUUACCUCGGUUAAAUUUCUAUCAAAAUCAGUAUUUGGUAUUAAUAAAAAAUCAAAAGAAAUUUUGCCUUCUUCAUCACUGUCUGGAUAUUAUUUAAUUUCAUCAUCUAAAGACACAUUGUUAAAACUAUGGGAUUUAAGUACUCAACAUUGUAUGGAAACAAUAGUGGCACAUCGUAGUGAGAUUUGGAAUUUUGAUAUUUCACAAGAUGAGAGUUUACUGGUAACAGGUGGUGAUGAUAAUGAAUUAAAAAUUUGGACCAUUGAUCAUGAAUUGCUAACAAAAGGAUCAGAAUCUAAAGAAAGUAAAGACUCUGAGGUUAAAAGAUCAAUUAAAUUCUAUGGAAGCGUGACAAGACAAAGCAAAGAUCGGGUCGUUACAUUGGCAUUUCAUCCUAAAUUAAAUCUAUUGGGUGUCCAAGGUGCGGGCAAAAUAAUAGAAUUUUUUCGUAUUAAUAAAGAUGAAGAGAUAAAAAAGAAAUUGGCUCGAAGAAAGAAACGCGAAAAGGAGAAACGACAAAAAUUAAAAGAAAGUGUAACAGUUGAUGAUGUGGAUAUGGAUUUGGAUGAGAAGGGACUAGAAAUUCGAGCAAGUGAUGCAUUCACCUCAUUUCAAAUUAUCAGAACUGAUGGGAAAAUACGAUCUUUUGACUUUUCACUAUCGGAAGAUACAUUUAAGACAGGCUAUGCCCAAGUUCUUGUUUCUUUAACAAACAAUAUGCUUGCACUAUAUAAAAUUAGUCUACCUUCUAAAAAAGGCUUGGAGCCUCAACUUUUAUAUACUGUUGAAAUUCAUGGACAUCGUAAUGAUAUUAGAACAUUGGCACUAAGUUUAGAUGAUGAAUUAUUAUGUUCUGCCUCCAAAGAUACUCUUAAAAUUUGGAAUGUUCGAACUACAACAUGUAUUCGAACUAUGGAAUGUGGGUUUGCAUUUUGUAGUGCUUUCGUACCAGGAAAUCGAUAUGUUAUACUUGGUACUAAAACUGGGCAACUUGAAUUAUUCGAUAUUUCUUCUUCAUCUUUGAUAGGGAGAAUAGAUGCUCAUGAGAGUCAAAUAUGGUCGAUAGAUAUUCGACCUGAUCAAUGUGGAAUUUCAAUAAUACGACAUCUUAAAUUGGUUCAUAAUCGUACUCUAAAAAUGAGUGAUGAUGUUUUGUGUGUCAAAUAUAGCCCAAAUCAAAAAUUUGUUGCAGUAGCACUAUUAGACUCAACAGUAAAAGUAUUUUAUGAUGAUACAUUGAAAUUUUUUUUGUCUUUAUAUGGACAUAAGUUACCAGUUAUUUCAAUGGACAUUUCAUCUGAUAAUAAAUUAAUAGUAACUGGUUCUGCAGAUAAAAAUAUUAAAAUAUGGGGUCUUGAUUUUGGUGAUUGUCAUAAAUCAAUUUUUGCUCAUCAAGAUAAUAUAAUGUGCGUUAAAUUUGUUCCCAAUACACAUUACAUAUUCACCGCAAGUAAAGAUAAAUUGAUAAAAUAUUGGGAUGGCGAUAAUUUUGAAAAUAUCAUGAAGAUUGAAGGACAUCAUGGCGAAAUUUAUUCUUUGAUAAUUGGAAAACAUGGUGAUUUAAUCAUUUCAGCAUCUCGUGAUCGGUCAAUAAGAUUUUGGGAACAAACAGAUGAACCAUUGUUCCUUGAAGAAGAACGUGAAAAAGAAUUAGAAGAAUUGUACGAGUCUACUUUGACUGAAUCAAUGGAAAAAACAAAAUUAGAAGAUAACACUGUAGAAGUAUCAUCAGCUGGGAAACAAACCAUGGAAACACUCAAAGCUGGUGAAAGAAUAAUCGAAGCAUUAGAUAUUGCUAAUGAAAAUGAUCAAAACUGGAUCACAUACAAUCAGUUGAAGGAAAUUAAUAAAGAUCCUGGUCCACCACCAAAACCAAAUCCUAUUUUGGUAGCACUUGGUAACUUAACAGGUGAUCAAUAUGUGUUAAGAACAAUUGAGAAGGUGAGAUCUACUGAAUUAGAAGAAGCUUUGUUGAUACUGCCAUUUAAUAAAUUGGCUUCACUAUUAAAUUACCUGGAUAUUUGGGCUAAAAAGGAAUGGAAUGUUCCAUUAACUUGCAGAAUAUUAUUACAUCUACUUAAAAUACAUCAUGAUCAAAUUGUUACAAAUCGUCUUAUGAGGCCAAGAUUAGAUUCUUUACGAACAAAUAUCAGGAAUACUUUAAUGAGACAAAAGGACUUAAUUGGGUAUAAUAUAGCAGCACUUAAAUAUAUUCGACGUGAUUGGGAAUCAAAUAAUAUAGCAGAAUUCUUUGAUGAACUAACUGAAAUAGAUGAAAUAGAAGGUGGUGGCUCAUUAAAGAAAAGAAAAUUAGUUAAUUUAAAAUCAUAA